UUGUAGCGCUCGGGGUCCCACCCGCCAAGCCAGGGAUACCCAAGCAAAAAAUUUCCCCACAGUGCAUCUGCCCGGUGUUGCCUUACAGCCAGCAAGCUGUUUCUGUGGAUACCAAGAUGUAAGCUUCUCAGGCCGUGCUUGGAACGCUCCCCGUGCAACUGCCAUGUGAUAGGCAAUGGCACAAGUUAAGAUGCAGACUACGGCAAACCUGUCCGGACCUACCAUGUCCCCUAUGGUGCUACCCCUACCAGUUACAACUACAAAUACACUGGGUCUGCCGUCCUCAAUGAACGGAUCCAUUUCGGAAUCAGCUGCCAGCUGUAGCAGUCCUACUGCCGGCCUUGUGGAUCCUGCGCCUUCUAGCAACUCACCAGACUCUUUAUUUACAGCUCCUCUCCAAGAUAACAUGGCAAACCCCAAAGAGAAAACUCCAAUGUGUCUGGUAAAUGAGUUAGCCCGUUUCAAUAGAAUUCAACCCCAGUAUAAGCUUCUGAAUGAAAGAGGGCCUGCUCAUGCCAAGAUGUUCACAGUGCAGCUGACUCUCGGAGAACAGACCUGGGAAGCUGAAGGAAGCAGUAUUAAAAAGGCCCAACAUGCUGCUGCUAGCAAAGCAUUGAAUGAAACUACCCUUCCCAAACCAACGCCUAGACCACCCAAAAAUAAUGUUAACAAUAAUCCAGGCAGUAUAACUCCAACAGUGGAGCUGAAUGGUCUGGCUAUGAAAAGAGGAGAGCCUGCCAUCUACAGGCCAUUAGAUCCAAAGCCAAUUCCCAAUUACAGAGCAAAUUAUAAUUUCCGGGGCAUGUACAAUCAGAGGUAUCACUGCCCAGUGCCUAAAAUUUUCUAUGUCCAAUUAACUGUUGGCAACAGUGAGUUUUUUGGUGAAGGAAAGACUCGUCAAGCUGCUAGACAUAAUGCUGCAAUGAAGGCCCUUCAAGCUCUCCAGAAUGAACCUAUUCCAGAAAAAUUACCUCAGAAUGGAGAAACAGGAAAAGAAUCAGAAGAAGAUAAAGAUGCAAACAAGUCUGAGAUCAGUGUAGUGUUUGAAAUUGCUUUGAAGCGCAAUAUACCUGUCAGUUUUGAGGUGAUUAAAGAAAGUGGACCUCCUCACAUGAAGAGCUUUGUUACACGAGUUACAGUAGGAGAAUUCACUGCAGAAGGAGAAGGCAACAGUAAGAAACUCUCAAAGAAACGUGCUGCAAUGGCUGUCCUACAGGAACUUAAGAAACUUCCUCCGCUUCCGGUGAUUGAAAAGCCAAAACUUUACUUUAAAAAACGUCCAAAAACAAUAUUGAAGACUGGACCAGAAUACGGUCAAGGAAUGAAUCCCAUCAGCCGUCUGGCUCAGAUCCAACAGGCCAAAAAGGAGAAGGAGCCAGAGUAUGUUCUACUUUCAGAGAGAGGAAUGCCUCGCCGUCGAGAGUUUGUUAUGCAGGUAAAAGUAGGCAAUGAGAUUACUACUGGAACAGGCCCAAACAAGAAAAUAGCUAAAAGAAAUGCAGCAGAAGCAAUGUUGCUACAGCUGGGUUACAAAGCCUCUACUCCUCUUCAAGACCAGCCAGAAAAGCUUGGAGAAAACAAGAGUUGGAACGGCCAGAAUGUUGGGUUUCCUGAGCCAACAAGUAACACACCAAAGGGAAUACUCCAUCUCUCUCCUGAUGUUUAUCAAGAGAUGGAAGCAAGCCGCAACAAAUCAGCCCCUGGUACCACUGUAAGCUAUUUGUCGUCCAAAGAAAUGAGCCAGACUUCUAGCUCUUUCUUCAGCGUAUCUCCUACAACAAAUAGCACAGCUACGAUUGCCAGGGAACUUCUCAUGAAUGGAACAUCCCCAACUGCUGAAGCCAUAGGUCUAAAAGGAAUAUCUCCUGCUUCCCCCUGUUCUGCAGUGCAGCCUUCAAAACAGCUGGAGUAUUUGGCAAGGAUUCAAGGCUUUCAGGUACACUACAGUGAUAGACAAAAUGGCAAAGAGUGUAUGACCUGUUUGACACUGUCUCCUGUGCAGAUGACUUUCCAAGGUAUCGGAAGCUCCAUUGAAGCCAGCCAUGACCAGGCAGCGUUAAGUGCCUUGAAACAGUUUUCAGAACAAGGACUGGAUCCAGUGGAAGGGGCUAUGAAAGUUGAAAAUGGAUCACAUGAAAAACAAGUCAAGCAUCUGGGAGAGAAAGCAGACAAUAAACAGACUAACUCAGGCACCAUUGCUCAGGACUGCAAGGAUUCAAAGGCUGUCGUCUAGGAGCUUCCCAGCACCCACAGCUGCCACUGCAUCCUUAUAAACCUGUCAACACGCAAUAGGGUGUAUGUGUACGAGGAAAUGAAUGACUAAUACCAUUAUUUGAGUCUUAUGUGAAGACAACACUAUUCUAACACAAGAGAUAGUAUACAUGGUACUGUUUAUUCAACCGUGGAAAAAAAUAAGAUCGAACAUUUCCCUUAGAACUCAAGAUCAGAACAUAACUCAAUUGCCCAGAGGCAGAAUAAGUCUGAUCAUGUUACUGGAGGUUAAAAUAACAAUUAACAAAAAGUGCUAGGGGAAAAAAAAAGGGAAACUUUAAAAUUGAUUAAUAUUGAGGAAAACAAGUCAGCAUCAGUUCAGUUAUACAAUUUUUUGUAGUGUAGUUUUAAGUUCAGCUUACUGUUUUUCAAAUAA